AUGGAGCGCGCCCCUUGCAUGACUCCUCAAGUUUUUUUUGAAGCACUUCGGUCAAGUAUUUCUUUAGCCCGUGCAAUUGCCAUGGAGCUUGCUUAUGAGAACACCUUCAUCACGGUGCGCGAGGCAGCAUCGACAGCCUCGCCUAUGAGGCGUUCUUCCAGCAUGCCCGUCCUGCGCGGCACAGAGCGCACCGAGGUCCACGGACAGGAAGAGGAGCUGCAGCGCCAAGUGGAAGGUCUCGGCGCCCAGAUCGGUCUGGCCAAGAACGUUGGCUCCCAGUACCACCCGGAGCUUUGCUCGAGGCCGUGCGCCUUUGCCUUCGGCCGCGGUUGCCCCCAGGGCCACCACUGCAAGCGGUGCCACUUGGGGCACUCCCCCCAGGUGAAGUUGGACAAGAAGCAGCGGGCCUGGCUGACCGCCAUGGACCAGGCGGAGAUCUUUUGCCUGCUCUUCACUCAACUCUCUGCUCGCGCAGAGACCGCACGCGCCACAGGCCUCACCGACCUCGCCUCCGAACUGGUUCCUCUCCUGCGCUUGAUGCAGCCACUGGCCGGGAGCAACAUCCAGAGCGUUCCGGCGGCAGCGGUGAAGAACCUGACCAAGUACCUUGGGAAGUGCGCCUGCAAGAUGAUGAUUUGCCAAGCCAUGUCCUAUGGCCGCGUGGAUGGGCAGAUCCGUGACACUAUUCGCAAAGAGUUUUGGACCCUCCGUGAAAAGAGCUUCGUUUCUCUGGCGUGA